AUGCGGGUCGCGAAACCAAAGCUUAGUCAUGCGGAAGGCGGUGACAGACUGUCCCAUGCCAUCAUCGGCAGAAUGUUUAUCGAACGGGGGGGCGGCGAACUUGAAGACGACGUGCCACCUGUCCUUAAAAUGGCGCUCAAUAAUGCACAACAGUCCCUCAAUUAUUUAGAAGACGAUAUAUACGAAGACGACGGUGACGAAGAAUCGCUUGCUUCAUUAGAGACAGACGACGGCCAAGACCACCCACCUGAGCGGAUUCUAGCCCAAGUCAAGGGUAGGUCGAACUCCGGUUACUACCUCGUCAAGUGGCAAGAUUGUCCGAUUAUUAGAUCCAGCUGGGAAGUGGAGGAUCUCUUUUCGAAUUAUCCUUGGGUUUUGGAUGCCUGGCAGAUCGAGAAGCAGAGACAGGCAGAGGGCUUAGCUAAACCCUUGGACUUAGUUGCUUUCCACAAGGCAGUCUCUGGUGAGGAAGUUGCUCAUACUCGAAGACGAGCCCUUCGACGCCUCAGGAGGAAAUUCAAACGUGUCCUUUCCAUUGUUAGUACCUGA